UUUACGUACAUUUAUCAGCAAUGUGUAUUUGAUAGUCGGUCCUACUUUAAAUUACCAGUGAUUUGUUGUUGCCUGUAUCAAAGUUGCAUGUAUGUUGUUGUAUGCGUUUGAUGGUUCGAUGUGCAUAAACAACUCGAGUUAUGUGUGAAAUGUGGCAUUUGAAUGAUGUAGCCACUAGCCAGUAGGGAUGUUAUGCGUAGAAUUUCGGUAUUUAUUCGAUGUGUUUAUGUAUUCGAAAUUUUCGAUGAAGUUUUUUGAUUUGUGAAGAUUGUGAAUAAUCAGCAUCAGCAUAAGUAUUUUCGUUCGUGUGUGAUCUCAUACUUCAAAGCUGCGUAUAACAAGAUUCGAUUCCUUUAACAUGGCCGGUGACAUCGAAGACUACCCGUUCAGUUUCAUGAACAUGCCAUCGUCGCUCCAGCUGCUAGCAUCGUCCGAAAUAGCCUUAACGUUAUGGCAAUACAAAUAUUCAAAUUCGACUUAUCUCACUCUCAGCUCGUUCCUUAAUACUAAAACCUUCAGCUGCGAAGAAAUGCUCGUCGUUCCGCCUCGUUUCAAAGUCAAAAUCGACGAAAGAAUCGCCACGAUUCCGGCCGAGCUGAAAAAAUGGAUCGACUUUCACGGGCAGCAGGCUUUCUUCGACGGUGAUUUUCGAGCCUCUUUCUCCAAGAGUUUUAACCUUAUGGCCCUCGAUUCCUGCGGCGGUAUUUGUUUCAAGGCGACGGCGAUAAACAUCUUGAAUUCGAACCAGUUCAACAACGUAGAGAAGUAUAAAUUAGCUUGCGAGUUCUGCAUCGAAGACUACGUCAAAAAACUAUGGCCUUUUGUGGCGAAAGAUGCGCGAGUCGGUGAAAAUGUCAACAUCGAUAAACACAGCUUGAUGUGUUACUGGAAUCGACGAUUGAAAUCAAGAAAAUACACCCUCAAGGAUACCCUGUCGGUUAAAACGCGAUUGGAAAACACCCGGAAGGCGAGUAAUUGGCCAGCAUUCGAGUAUUUUUGGAACACACACUCGACAGAUCGAGAGAAAUUGCCUCAGGCUAUUCUAUGCCUAAAACGAGCCUAUCAUGAAGCUAUUAAGCGUACAUUGCCUUCGUUGAACCGUAUCUUGGCUACAAAAGUGUUCGAAGACGUGGCACCUCAAAUUUUACAUCUUUUGGUCCCCAACGAGAAGUAUUUCCAGCACGUGCAUCGAUUUUGGACCGUUGUCGGACAUACGGUCUACGAAAAGGAACCCAGGUUGUUCCAGGUCUUACACGAGUUGUGGAAAAUGGUAUUCAACCCUAUCGAAAGCGGACUCGGCUUGAAUAAUAAUCGAUGCGAACAAAUCAACGAGUUUUUGAUGGAAAUCUGGUCCAAAGCUACGGAUAACUUGAAGUACGAUGUUUCGAAUCUCCACGUAAACGAUUUUUUCCACCGAUUGUCGACUUCUUCGGCCGUAUUUCCGAGUUGUUACGGUCAUAAUAUGGAUUUCAUGUUGGAUCUGCUCGACAAUUGGCGUAACUGGAAUAAAGAGCAAUUUUGGCAUGAGAAUUGGCGUAAAUUGGUUCUGCGCGCUAAGCCUGAGUAUUUGGAACGAUUCCUCAAGGUAUGUUUACCGGACGACGAUGACGUCGAAAAAUUCAAAAAGGAAUUGCUGACGUUCAGACGUAUUUUCGAGUUAUUGAUCAAACACGGCAUGUAUUCGGAUUUGAAGUAUUACCUAGAUUUUUGCUCGAAGGAUAAGAGUCAGUUUCAGCAGCAGAGCAAACGAUUGCUCAGAUUGCACUUAGACCUGAUCAUGUUCCACGAUGAUGAGAAAUUCGCCAAGUUUGACGAAUUCGUCGACGAAACGUUUUCAAAUGAGAGAACAGAUAUCGAAGCUCUCAAAUUCCAGUUGAUGUCAUCACCUAAAAAUCUGAAUCGUUUGCACGAAGCGAUUAUGAAAGAUCGUUGUACGGAUUUCAAGAGAAUAAUUGGUCGAUUUGUAACUUCAAAGCGGAAAUUAAAGUCUCUGAAAGGCAAAUUAUUGAACCGUUGUAGCGAAUACGUGAUUCGAUAUCGAAACCGAUAUGACGAAUUUCAAAUUGAUCAGUGGCGAGAGCUGAUUGAAUGGUGCAUUGGGAAUGUGGAGGAAAUUGCAGCCUAUAAGCAGUCUUUGAAUGUGGAUGCGAUUUUUCUAGGAGGUCUGGCUAAUAUUCGAUUCUGCGGUGGUUGGUAUUCUGAAAGAUGUUUUCGAUUUUUGGAUGAGUUUUUCAGGUGGUAUUUUCCUAGUGAAGCGGAUCGAACAAAGUUCAAGUUACUGAAGAUAGCUAAUUACGAGAAAAUCGAGCAUAUGCGUGAUAUGCUCAAUAAUUCUGCUUAUUAUCGUAACACAAUUAAUCGUUUGCUGAUGUGGUUUUUUGAUAACGAUGCGGAAAAGGCGCGCGAAUUUUAUCGAAAGUGUAUUAAUCGGCCAUCGCAACCGGUGACUCAUAUGUAGAAUCGUUUCACGAGUCGGAAUUAGGUAACUGUUGAGUGAUUUUAGAUAGAAAUACGAUGAUUAGGAAAUUAUUCUUCGAUAGAAGUAAAUUACAUCGUAUGUAUUUAACAUUUAAUGUAGGUAUUUAUUUUUGUAAAUCGGUUGUUUCGAAUAGGCCUAUUUUUAAUGUGCUAAGUAUACCUAUACCUAGUCGUUUUAUUUUUUUAAGGUAAAAUUAAUGUGUAUAUCGUUUAUUUAUUAUUAGACUUUUUUCUUAUUGUUCGUUCUUAUUAGUUCAUGUUGUGAUCUCAUUUUAGCAAUUUUUAAAAUUCUUAAUUGAGUUGUGUUUUUUUCGUAUUAAUUAAAUAACCUACGUUUGGGUUUA